CAUUGGUGUCUCUUGGCCCGCAGCUUAUGCCUCUCCCAAGUUCCUGCUCCUUUCGGCCAUGACCUGUAGAGUUCUGCUGGUGACAGCCUUGGCCUUAUGUCAUGGAUUCAACCUGGACACCGAGACUCCAAUCACCUUCAAGGAGAGCGCAAGGGGCUUCGGGCAGACUGUGGUCCAGCUGGAGGGAUCCCGGUUGGUAGUCGGAGCCCCCCAGGAGGUCACGGGUGCCAACCAGACAGGUGGCCUCUACCAGUGUGACUACAGCACGGGCCGGUGUGAGCCCGUCUCCCUGCAGGUGCCCCCGGAGGCGGUGAACAUGUCCCUGGGCCUGACUCUAGCAGCCGCCACCAAUCCCACCCAGCUGCUGGCCUGCGGUCCCACGCUGCACCAGACCUGCAAGGAGAACACGUACGUUCAAGGCGAGUGCUUCCUGUUCGGCUCCGACCUGCGGCGGCAGCCUCUGCGCGUCCCAGAGGAGCUCAGAGGGUGUCCUCAGCAGGAGAGUGACAUUGCCUUCUUGAUUGAUGGCUCUGGCAGCAUCCAUGACCUUGACUUUCAGCAGAUGAAGGAGUUUGUUUCAACGGUGAUGGAACAAUUUGCAAAGUCUAAAACCUUGUUCUCUUUGAUGCAGUACUCGGAUAAUUUCAAGACUCAUUUCACCUUUGAGGAUUUCAAGAGAAACCCUAACCCAAGAUCUCUGGUAAUCCCAAUAAAUCAGCUGACUGGGUGGACACACACGGCCACAGGCAUCCGCAAAGUGACAAGAGAACUGUUUCAGAGUUCCAGCGGAGCCCGGGACAAUGCUGUCAAGAUCCUAGUUGUCAUCACGGACGGACAGAAGUAUGGGGAUCGUCUGAAUUAUGAGGAUGUCAUCCCGGAGGCAAACCAGCGGAACAUCAUUCGCUAUGUCAUUGGGGUGGGAGAUGCCUUCAGAAAUGCCAGAAGCCGCCGGGAACUGGAUACCAUUGCGUCGGCACCGCCUCACGACCAUGUGUUCCAGGUGAAUAACUUUGAAGCUCUGAAGACCAUUCAGAAUCAGCUUCAGGAGAAGAUCUUUGCCAUCGAGGGUACGCAGGGCGGAAGUACCAGCUCCUUUGAGCACGAAAUGUCUCAGGAAGGUUUCAGCGCGGCUAUUACUGCUGACGGCCCCUUGCUGGGCUCUGUGGGCAGCUUUGACUGGGCUGGGGGAGCCUUUCUGUAUAUGUCAAAUGGAAAAGUCCCUUUCAUCAACAAAACCAGAGUGAAUUCAGACAUGAAUGAUGCUUACUUGGGUUACGCUUCUGCAGUCAUUACACGGAACCGGGGGCAGAACCUGGUCUUGGGGGCUCCUCGGUAUCAGCACACCGGCCUGGUGGUGAUGUUCAGACAGAACGCUGGUGCCUGGGAGGCCUCUGCUGAUAUCCAAGGCAGCCAGAUUGGCUCCUACUUUGGGGCCUCCCUCUGCUCUGUGGAUGUGGACAGAGACAAGAGCACUGACCUGGUCCUCAUUGGAGCCCCCCAUUACUACGAGCCGACCCGAGGGGGCCGGGUGUCCGUGUGUCCGCUGCCUAAGGGGAGGGCUCGGUGGCGGUGUGAGGCUGUUCUCCAGGGUGAGCAGGGCCACCCCUGGGGCCGCUUUGGGGCAGCCAUGACGGUGCUGGGGGACGUGAAUGGGGACCAGCUGACAGACGUGGCCAUCGGGGCCCCCGGAGAGCAGGAGAACCAGGGCGCGGUCUAUCUUUUUCACGGAAAGUCUGUUGUCAGCAUCAGUUCCUCACACAGCCAGCGGAUCACAGGCUCCCAGCUGGCCACCAGGCUCCAGUACUUUGGGCAGUCCCUGAGCGGGGGUCGGGAUCUCACAAUGGAUGGACUGAUGGACCUGGCUGUGGGGGCCCAGGGACACUUAUUUCUGCUCAGAUCCCAGCCAUUGCUGAGAGUAGAUGCAACCAUGAACUUCACACCCAGGGAGGUGGCAAGGAAUGUGUUUGAGUGUCAGGAGCAGGCAGCGAUAAACAAGAAUGCUGGAGAGGUCACAGUCUGCCUCCAUGUCCGCAAGACCACACGGGACCAGCUAAGAGGAGAGGUCCAGGCUCUGGUCUCUUAUGUCCUCACUCUGGACUCUGGCCGUCCAAAUUCCCGUGCCAUCUUUGACAAGACCAAGAGUAGCUCAUACAGACAGAACCAGACCCUGAGGCUGAUACAGAGAUGUGAGACCCUGGCCCUGCUGUUACCGAAAUGUGUAGAUGACUCGGUGAGCCCCAUUGUCCUGCGCCUCAACUAUACUCUGGUGGGGACACCCAUAGCCUCUUUCGGGAACCUGCGGCCAGUUCUGGCUGAAGAUGCUCCGAAGUUUUUCAUCGCCUUGUUUCCCUUCGAGAAGAACUGCGGCAAUGACAACAUUUGCCAGGAUGACCUCAGUGUUGCCUUCCAUUUGGCAAAACUGCAAACUGUGGUGGUGGGCGACCCCCAGGGCCUCAAUGUGACGCUGACCGUGAAGAACGAGGGCGAGGACUCCUAUAGGACUCAGGUCACCCUCUACUACCCCGUGGGCUUGUCCUAUCGGAAAGUGUCCAUGAUCCAGGGCCAGCGCUCCCGGCGAUCUUGGUCCUUGGCCUGUUCGUCUGACUCCUCCACCGAAAGACCUGGAUCUCUGAAGAGCGCCAGCUGCAGCGUCAACCACCCCAUCUUCCCAGACAACUCUGAGAUCACCUUCACUAUCACGUUUGAUGUAGACUUUGCAGCUUCCCUUGGAAACAAACUACUGCUCAAGGCUAACGUGACCAGUGAGAACAACAUGCCCCGGACUAACAAAAUGGAAUCCCAGCUGGAGCUGCCUGUGAAAUACGCCGUCUACCUGAUAGUGACCAGUGGUGAGGCCUCUACCAAAUAUCUCAACUUCACGGCUUCAGAAAAGACUAGCCAGAUCAUGGAGCACCAAUACCAGUUCAGCAAUCUGGGCAAAAGGAGCCUUCCCAUCAAGGUGGUCUUCUGGGUUCCUGUGCGGCUGAACAAUGAGAUCGUAUGGGACCGGCCUCAGGUCACCUUCUCCCCUAAUCUCAUGAGUGCCUGCAGCACUGAGGAAAGACCACCUUCUCACUCUGAUUUCCAGGAUGUGCUUAAGAAGACCCAUAUGGUGCAAUGCUCCAUUGCUGUCUGCCAGAGAAUUGAGUGUGAUAUCCCUUCCUUCAACAUCGAGGAAGAAUUCAAUGUCACUCUCCACGGCAACCUCUCGUUCAACUGGUAUCUCAAGACUUCAAGUAAUCACCUCCUGGUCGUGAGCACAGCGGAGAUCUUGUUUAACAACUCUGUGUUCACCUUGCUCGCGGGACAGGGAAUGUUCGUGCGGUCCCAGACAGAGACCAAGGUGGAGCUGUAUGAAGUUCACAACCCUCUUCCGCUCAUCGUGGGGAGUUCCAUCGGGGGGCUGGUGCUCUUGGCACUCAUCACCGCGGGGCUGUACAAGCUUGGCUUCUUCAAACGGCAGUACAAGGACAUGAUGAGCAAUGCUGGUCCCCAGGAGGCACCACCCCAGUAAUGGCUCCUCCACCACCGAGAGGCCUGGGAGAGCAAACAGGGCUUCGUCAGAGCAGCAAGCAGGCCCCUGGGCUGCUGGACGCACAUGUAGGAGACCGUGGCAGGAAAGGCCUGCUUGAGUUUCCAUUGUGGGGUGUGUGUGUGUGUGUGUGUGUGUGUGUGUGUGUGUGUGUGUGUGUAGUCUGUGUGUGAUCGCUGUCUGUCGCAUAUGGGCAAAGUGCCUCAGCACAUCUCUUGGGCUCCUGCAUAUUGAGGAGAAGUUGCUGCUGGGCCUUCCUCCAGGGGGAGCUGUGGCACCCUUCUGGGUGAGCCUAGUGGGAACCGGAAGCCACGGGAAGCCGCCUGGUGGGCAAGUGUGCAGGCUUGAGGCAGACCUGGAGCCGCCUAGCCCAUGGGAGUCCCGCCCACACCAGAGGCAAAUCGUGAAGCUCCCUUUUCCUAUUCAUCUUACUUUUAUUUUUGCAUCAAUAAACCUGUCCAUAGUGCCCAAAGCAAAAGGCAUUCAGGGGGUGUGAUGGAAAGUCUUCACGGCUCUUAAAGUCCCUUUGGAGGGGCCCUUAAGCUGUGCAUUUUGGGGUCUCCUGCAGGAAGAUUGUAGGCACGUGCAAACACAUACAUACAUGCACACUCAGGCUGCUUUUUUUUUUUUCUUUACACACUUGGUAGCGUAACUUAUGCUGUUCUUAUCUUGCUGUUUUCAUUAAUACAGCACAGACUGUUUCAGGACACAAACUUAUUUCUCUUUUAUACAGGUGUAUAGUAUUUUACUGCAUGAGUGUCAUUAUAAAUCUAGCCAGUCUUCUUUGGAUAUAUUAUUUGCAACUUCUCAUUGUUACAAAAAAUAAAUUUGGACAUAUGUUGUUUUUA